ACGAACAUGGUACCAGCAAACUGCUGCGGAAUUCAUUAACGGUACGGAAUGCUUUCAAGUCAGCAGAGAUCUAGAGAGAUCAGAAACGACCGUGUUCAUCAACCUGCACGCGUCCAUCCACCACUCAGAAACAAACCGAGCAAGCUACCGUCCGAGAGCUAGCUAGCUCGCAACAAUGGAGGGAGGAGCUGUGGUGAGCGCGGCAGCGGGAGCCCUGCAACCCGUCGUGGGGAAGUUGGGCGCGCUGCUUGGCGAGGACCACAAGCGUUUCGAGCCGAUGCGCGGCGAUAUCGACUCUCUCACUCAUGAGCUCGACGCCAUCACGGCCUUCCUCAUCGAGAGAUCCAAGGUUGAGGAUCCUGACGCGCAGGACAGGCUCUGGAUGAAGGAUGUGCGGGAGCUAUCCUACGACAUCGAAGGCAGCCUCGACGAGUUCUUGCUGCGUGCCACCGACAGGUCUGCCGAGCCGGACGGCUUCAUGGAGAAGGUCAGGAGCUUGGUGGAGAGGACCAAGAGUCGCCAUCGGGUAGCCAGGGAGAUUGGGGAUCUGAAGAAGAAAGCCAUCGAGGCGGCCGAAAGGAACCAAAGCAGCUACAGGGCCGGUGACCAGCCCGUGGUCAGUGCCACUGCCACCAAUGCAUCGAUCGAUCCAAGGGCGCUUGCAAUGUUGGAGGAUGCGACUAAGCUUGCUGGCAUCGAUGGGCCGAAUGGCGAGCUCAUCAGAUUGCUGGAAGAAUAUCAGACUGGACAUGGCUCGGUCCAUCAGCAAGCUAGAGUGGUCUCAAUUGUUGGAUCUGGAGGGAUCGGGAAAACAGCUCUGGCGCACCAGGUGUACCAAGCGCAUAAUGGUGGAUUCCUGCAUCGGGCGUUCUUAUCGGUAUCAAGGAAUCCGGACAUCAAGGGAAUUUUGAGAAGUGUUCUGUAUCAAGUGGUGAGCCCAAAAGAUUACGAAGCCGUGGUUAAGGGGGAUCAUGUUAUUAGAGAGGCUGGGGCGGAUCAACUUAUCACAAAGAUCAGGGAAUACCUCACAGACAAAAGAUACUUUUUUGUGCUCGAUGAUACAUGGGACUUGAAAACAUGGAACGCCAUUAAGGAUAUCUUCCCCAUGACCAGCUGCGGCAGUAAAAUCAUCAGCACUACUUGUAUAAUCGAUGUGGCUCAGGAAUGUUGUCGAUCAUCCACUAAUGGACAUAUAUACAAUAUAAGGCCUCUUAGUAUGGAGCACUCAGCACAAUUAUUCUACAGAAGAUUAUUCAACCCUGAAGAGAAAUGCCCUUCACAGCUCGAAGAAAUUUCUAGCCAAAUCUUGGAGAAAUGUGCUGGCUUACCGUUAGCGAUUAUGGCUAUAUCUGGCUUGCUGUCCAGCAAGGAAAAAACAAAGGAGCAGUGGGAUCAAGUGAAAAAUUCGAUUGGCCGUGGACUUGAAAGAAAUUCUAGUGUUGAAGUAAUAUCAGAGAUACUGUCCCUCAGUUACUUUGAUUUUCCUCCCCAUCUUAAAACUUGCCUACUGUACCUGAGUAUAUUUCCAAAAGACUAUACCAUUGGGAAGGAGGAUUUGAUAAGGAGAUGGAUUGCUGAGAGGUUCGUCCAUGAACAGAACGGAAUUGCAGCAUACGAUUUAGGCGAGAGAUGUUUUAACGAUCUCAUCAAUAGGAGCUUGAUCCAACCAGGAGGGAAAGACAAGUUUGGUGAGGUGAAUAGCUGCCGAGUUCAUGACACGGUGCUUGAUUUCAUUGUAUCCAUGGCUAUUGAAGAGAACUUUGUUACUUUAAUAGGAGUACCCGGUAUAAAUCCUAUUGGUGGAAACAAGGUCCGUCGGUUGUCUAUCCAGAAUGAUGGUCAAAUCCCAUCAGGGCUAAUUUUAUCUAGCGUCAGGUCACUUAAUGUUUUCGGAGAUGUAGGCAAUUUGUUGCACCUCAGAUAUCUGAAGCUCAACCAUGCACAUGCUGUUACAAAGCUUCCACAAGAAACAGCAGAGCUACAACACUUGAGGGCACUUGAAGUACAUGGGCACAACAAAAUAAUGGAAAUUCCAACGGCCAUUUAUCAGGUUGAACGAUUGGAAUGUCUGGUAACUCUAGUUACAGACGAUUAUACUAUAUUGCCUGAUGAAAUUGUAGACGUGAAAGCACUGAGAGUGUUGGAAGGUGUUAAUGUGUAUAUUCAUUCGGUUGGCUUCAUUAAGCGGCUUGGCGAACUAACAAAUCUGAGGAAGCUGGGCAUGCUAUUCGUCAACAGUGAUGCUGAUGAAGAAUGGGAGGAGAAAUAUGGAGAGAUUGUCUCUUCGAUCUAUAAGCUUACCCAAGCAAACCUUGAUUCUCUGCAUAUUCAUACCGUAAAUGAGCCGCCAGAGUUGCUGGACAAUCUAAGCAAAGAACACCCUGAGCCACUUGGCCUUCGGGAACUUGUCAUUGAGGGGGAUGACGUCUCAGGCCUUGCAGCGUGGUGGGGUUUACUUAUGAACCUCCAGAAGUUACUCUUCUGUGCGUAUGAAAGAGUUAGCGAUGAAGAUGUGGAGACCCUUAGAAGCCUAUCCGAUCUGAAGUACCUCUGCAUCCAUCUCUGGGAUGCACCCGACGAUCCUGAAGUGAAGGCUCCGCUGGAGAGAGCAAUGAAGGCCCAUCCCAACCGUCCCAAAUUGGUAUGGAUAGAUGAGUACUAGAUCUCAGGUACCAAUUCUUCCUUGCACAGACUUCUUGGCUCAGAAUACCUGUUACUUCUUUCUUCCGUUUUCGCACAAAGAUACCUGUUCAAUCGCUGUUUCCCGGCACCAGGAUCAGGUGCAGCGGUAACUUGUACUGCAGGUCUGCAACUUAAGCAGUAGGUCCAUCUGAGCCACUCAACGGGGCUGGCAACGUCUUGCAUGAGAGCCCCUGUUUCCUAACCUUUUUCUCUUUAUUUUUGCAACCAGCUGUUAAUUUGGAGGGGAAAAACAAAGAGCAAAGUAGGCUUGAUGAACGCAAGAUACAGCGUGGGUUUACAGUAUGGUUCGCACCAGGUGGUGUUGAAAUCUAGGGCUGCAGCAGGGCAUAUUACUGGAGCUCAUCCUCAGGCUUAUGAACUCCCAACUCUAGUUGGUUGCAUUUGUGAACAAGAACAAUAAUGCUCCCAGAGGUGCUACCAGGUCUUUAUCCACAUUUUGCACUCAAGAACGGGAUUUCCUGAUGGUGUCGAUUUUUCCGUAUCAUUGUUCUUCCAGAGUCCAGAAGUGUGUUUCCAAAACUUUAUCUGUGUUGCUUGGCUACUUGGUUGAAGUGCCAGUUGCGUAAUUUUAUUAUUUGAGUGUGCUGUUGUUUAGAACUUGAUACUGAAAAUUUGUAUUGUUUUUCUUCUGGCCCCUAAUGAAAUAAGCUAACAAAACCUUGGCAUACUCAA